UGUUCCCAGGUCGUCCCUCCCCGGCUCGUAGCUCGAAGUUGUGUGCGGUGAACGUCGGUGGGUGAAAAUGGCAACGCAAAACGAGCCUCGCGUGCUGUUUUGCGGCUACAGACGAAUAUCAAACGUUCAGGAGUACUUCAAACGAAGUAGUUUGCUUCGCGGUGGCGACUUGUACGCCGCUAAUCACGUUUACUGCGUGAGAGAAGAACUCGACAGUGCCGUCGGUCCGUCGGAAAUCUUAGGAAAAUGCGUCGCACAAAUGAAGAGCGUGGAGUACGAAGUGCGUUUAGAGUUAUCAGCGCACGAAAGAAAAAUUGUGCAAGCUUAUUGCACCUGCAAGGCUGGAUGUCGAGGCUGGUGCAAGCACGGCGCGGCGCUGGCCCUGUAUGUCAACAACCACCAACACACGUCGUGUACUGACCUGCCGUGUGCUUGGCAGAAGCCAUCGACCCGCCCAACGCUUGACACAAAGAAGUCCAUCAGUGAACUAUUCCCGAGUCGUCCCAUCAUAAAGCCAAUCCUGAGGCCCCUCAGCCCGACAGUGGUGCACAGCCAGUUUCCCGACGUGAACUGCGCGUUCAGGCAUGUCAUCAAUUUUGAAGAGAGUUGUGCGAUUGAGGCACCUGAUGCUGUUGUCGCCGUUGCUGCCAAGCAAGUUGACGAGUCGCACAGCGACCUUGUAAAAAACAUAUUUAAUAAUGUGCGGCAGCUUCACCAUAACUUUGGAGUUUCAACAACAUUACCUCUGAGGCUCACAAAGUGUGACAUGUUGUCCACGCUCUCAGCAAAGGAAAAAUGCUUUUAUCAGAGUGUGGUAAGCAAAAGCAUGGAUGAGGUUGUUGAAAUUGCUUUAGCAACAAGGCGGCAAGCAUCAGUGACAAGGUUUGUUGUCAUAUUAUAUUAUUAUUGUAUCCACUUGUGUUUCUUGUGUUUCCUCUUAUUGAUGAGCAUAUCUAAUCACAGAUGGCUAAUGUUCCCUGCCAUCACGACCACUUAUGGUCUUUGGUGCAUGAAAUGGAAUGCCAUGAAACCCUGCUUGAAUUCAGACACAACACAGUGCUUCAGCAAACACAACUGGGGUGUGGCCAGAGGGUGGUACAUCAGGGCAAGUGUCACUCCCAAAUAA